AUGGCCAGCUGGCCCAUGUGCCAACACUUUGCUCCUGCCACGAAAGCCUCCACCCCAUUCUCAUCCAUCCUGGAGAACCCCAGCUGGGUGCAACACGAGCCAGCGGAUCAGACGUCCCGCCCUCCGGCCACACCGCACAUCAGCCACUCGCCCCGCCCGCCGAUCGUCGGAAGGGCGGCUUGCAACUCUCCUCUUCUAUCGAGUCUCGUCCUCGCUCCGUGCGUCCUCCCGCAGAGACUCAGCCCUCAGCUGUGGGACCAACUCCAUAUCGACGACUUCCUCAAGAACUAUCCAGGCAUCCAGUCGAUCUCUGUCCAGGAAUUCGCGCGGCAAAAUGGCGCGCAAAACUUCCGUUGCGGGAUUGGCGAAAAGUGCAACGUCGGCGAGCUGUGUUAUCCGGUCCAAGGCCUGGCUUGGUAUAGCCUGUUCGCAAUUCAAGAGUUCAACCUAUUCAUGAACUCGGUCUAUAAAGCUGUCGGGACGACGAUGGACCUGGUCCGCUUUACGACGGCCUCGCUUUUGGGUGAUCUGAUCAAGCCGGUGAAGUCGAAGCACCAUCACGAGAUGAUUUUCGACACGAUCUUGUUCGUGACCGCGAUCACGAUGUCGCUGUCGUUCGGACUGCUGGUAAGCAUGAGUGCGUUGACGGCCGACUCGACCUGGUUCACCGUUGGCGAGCUCUCGAAGUAUGUGGGCGCGGCGAGUGGGGGCAUGUUUACGGGUCUGGCGAUCGGGGACCUGGUGCAUCAGUCGAAGGAGCACGAGGCGCAGUCGGCCUUCGACUAUUGGUCCCAAUUCGCGUUCUACUUCGGCCAGUGCCAGUCGCGCAUGCAGCAGGGCAUCGUCGACUCCCUCCGCCAGACGCUCGACCAGGGCAUCGCUAAGCCCGGCCCCCAUCCUCUCGCCAGCCUGCUCGCCCACGGCGCCUUCCUCAGCCCCCGCGCCAAGAAAACGUCCCCCGAGAUCGAGGCGGCGCUCAAAGACGUCACCCAGAUCAGGGCCCUCGUCAUCCUCUUGAGGUCCAUGAACGCCUUUGUCAUCCGUGGUAAUGAGCCUUGCCGUGGACGAGGGCCCAAUGGAGCACGGGAAGAGCGAGACCACCUGUCCUUUUGCGGGCCCGAUAGCGUGAUGAUGAACAUAGUGCUUGCGCGGGGCGAGAAAGUAGAGGAGACGAUCUACAACGCGCAGGCGAUUGGGGUGAAGUACGGGAUCAGCACCGAGUACCUUACGACGAGCGCCUGGAAGUGCCAGAGCCAGCACGGGAUGUACUUCGAUCCGUACGAGCGCACCGCUCUCCCCAUAGAUCCGAACGCCGACUGUCUCGUCAACCUGCCCGUCUGCGACUGCACCCGUCAAGAUAUACAGAGCGAAAUCAAGAAAUCUGGAGUCGUUGGCGCGUGUCGGAAACUCGGCAAUCUCAAGAUCUAG